AUAUGGUUGGAAUUCUGUAGUAGCUGUGAAUACUAAAUGAUGUGACUGAAAAAUCCCCUGUGCUCUUCCAUGUCAUUCUUCUACUUGCUACCGAAGAGUCACCACCAAUGGCACUAUUGAGAGAGAGUUUUCUUUCCCUCCAUUACUUCGGUAUAUGGCCGUCAGUUAAUUGGAAGCCUAAAACCUGGAAGACCAUCGCCUACUCGCUUUACACAAGCUACAUCAUUGUCAGCAUCUACUGGUUCACAAUUUCGGGGUCUAUUUAUUUAUUCGUUAUAAGUGACGAUGUUGAGGAUUUCUCUGACGCCUCAUUCAUGCUGCUGUCGAUGCUAGCGAUGUGUGUCAAGGUAAUUAUAGCUAUUUCAAAAAGAUCUGAGAUUAUAGGAGUUAUCACAGCCCUGGAGAAUCAUCCGCACAAGCCAGUGAAUCCCGAAACUCAGUUGUUGCAGGACAAAACUGAUGAAUGGAUCAGAUUUUUUACAAUUUGUUACGGUGGACUGACGGAAGCUGCUGUAUCUUACUCAACAAUUGAACCGUUCUUCCAAAAUCUACCAUUUGGAAUUUUGCCAUACAAAGCAUGGGUACCUUAUCCUUAUUCAACACCUGCUAUUUACUGGUUCACCUACUGCCAGCAAUUGAUCAGUGUUUUUGUGGCUGCCAAUCUCAAUAUCGGUUUUGACACUGUUAUAUUUGGUAUUCUCAUGCAAAUAUGUACGCAAUUCAAUAUGCUCAAGUGUCGAUUGGAGAUGAUCAUUGAUGAAUUCGAUGCCAAGCAGAUCGCCUCCAGCGUCCAAAUCACUCCCACAUCAUCGCAGAUGUACGAACAAUACAUCCUGGAUUGCAUCAAGUAUCACAUCGCAAUAUUUAGUAUGCAGCAUCCUCCAUCAUUAUAUGCGUGAGUGUCCUGGUGAUGUCGCAGAUGCCCGUGUCCUCUCCAAAAUUCAUGUGGGUCGCAAUGUAUGUAGCCUGUAUGUUA